UUUCUGAUUGUUGUCCUUGUCAUGUCAUGCGUGUCUGUCAUUUAAAAGUUUCUCGACGAUUUUUAAUUUAUUUAUUUGUUGUCAAGUGGAGGAGGGAUGAAUGAGUGAAGAGUGUUCAACGCAAUUCAUUAUGUAGAUUAUCAAACAUUACCGUCCAUUGUUCGCACAGAGUUCACAAGGGAAACGAUAAAAAGUUUAUUGGGAAUUCUCACGGAAUCCGAAGAAAGUUGACGUGAGAGGUGUCUGCUGUAUUAUGAAUGGUGCUGUCGUUCUGAAGCUGGUGUCAUCAUCAUGUUGCUCGUGUCGUGCUCACAUAUAAUAAAGUAAUAUUACGUUACGCUAACGUAACUCGUUUUGUUUACAUCGACUCUUGUGUUUGAAAUCUGCACAAUUUUGGAAAGUUUCAAAAUCUGUUUGGCACCAUCAUUGCACACCAGUCGCAUCAGCAAUGGCCGGGUUCCAGACGAGUGAUACAAUGCCCAAGUUCGGUCACGUGACAGACUUACGAGAGCAAUGGCUCGUACGUGCUGAUGGAGCGCUGGCGCAUCGCCUGCAGGACCGUGAAAUCUCGUCUCAUCUGUGUGAAAAUAGAUAUCGUAACCAGCUGAUUCGCGAGGACUUUCCAAUAGCUCUUAAUGAACAACGAGACAUAGAGCACGAAGUUCACUUAAGAGAACUCACUCGACGUCGACAAGCCGAAAUUGAUGCAGAAAUAGCACGAGAGAUGGCUGAAAUUAAUCUUCGCAGACAACGACGCCAGCAAUCCAGUGACAUGUUACAACAACCCAGCUCAUCCCGCGCCGCGCCUCCAGCGCCGCUUCCUGCUACAACUGUUCCAAGUGAAGAUAUUGAUCCUGAAGAACUUGGACUGUCUCCAACUGAACUUGAAGAAAUGAGAAGACGUCUCGAACAAGAAGAGAAAGAUGCAAGACUUGCUAGGGAACUGAGCCAUGAAGACAACAACCAAGAUGCUCUAUUGGCUGACAUGAGAUGUGCAGUAGAAGCUCAGGAUGGUGAGUUGGCAAGAUUAUUGCAAGAGAGAGAAUACAAAAAACUUCAGAGAGCUAAGGAAAAGGCAAGGCAGAAGGCUUUGUUAAAAAAACAACAGAAAAUGGCUGCCCAACAACAAGGACUAGCAUCUCAUUUAGACAGUGAAGCCACUCUUACGCAGCAGGCAACAUUAUGUGAUGCUUACAGUAAUCCUCGAGAUAUGAUCCGUGAGAACCGACUUAGACUGUGCAAAUCUGUUGAUUCUGAUUUGCAUUAUGUUGAACCAUUUGAAAAAGAAUCCAUCCAAUCUAAAGCCAGUGCCUUGCAGUCCUUGGAGAUGUCAAACCAGUAUUACUCUCGACAACCUGAAGCAGGUACUUCAGGCAGUAAUUUAUCUCAUGCUCAUUCACAAUCUAUUGAUGAUAAAAGGGUACCCAGUAAUCAAAAUUCAAUACAGCACCGACAGCCUCCACCUCCACCAGCAACAAGCAAGAAACCUCGUUUUCCAGACCCAGUUAGUAUCAGACCUGCCUCACACUACCCCACUGAGCAGUCAGUGCCUGAAAGUGUCCCUCCUCCCACCAUGGCUCACAGCUACAGUGAAAACAACAACCUAUACAGUUGCACAUACCCACCUGACAUCAACCCACCACACAUGGCACAGGAAAGACAUGACAACAACAAAAGGCUUUCUGUUAUAUCAGAUAUUACUGCUGAAGGCCUGGCCAAAAAGAAAAGUAAACAAGCUGACAUUAACAAGAAAAGAAAAGGAUGCAAAAUACAAUGA